AAACUAUAGGGGUAAUUUCUGUAAAAACAGCGAAAAGUGGCGAGCUUUAAUAUCGAAUCACUGUCGGUGAAUGAAUACAGAUGAGUGAAUCGGAACUUCAGAAUACAAAGCGAAAGUGAUUGUUCUUCAAUAAUCGUUUAAUUUUCUGUAUCAGGACCGUUAAGAUGGAUGCUACCGCCAGUUACAAUGCGUCUUCACCUCUAGUAUCUUUUCAUUCUGGUGGGUCAGAAUCAGACAUCAAUAAAAGUAGCUUAUCCGUAAAGACCUCUCGAGACUCCGAAAGUACCGUAGAGAUCAUAACAAGAUUUAAACUAGAUAUAGCGUGUAUUUGUGAGAAGCUGGCCAACUUGAACUUACUCUCAAUGCAUGUUGAAACUAUGGAAAAUGACUUUAAGGCCUUCGUAUCCGACACGGAUCCCGAUUUAAUCAUCAAGAUCGUAGAAUACGAUCUUUUAUCCGGUUUUUUGGAUUCAGAAACGAGAAUACUAGAGACCCACAUAUCCGAUCUUCAGAAAGAGAAAGAUAACGUACGGGAGUUUUUAUCGUCACGAGAAUCAGUAAUCGGGAUGGAGGAAAUGUUGCAUGAUUCCGAAAAAUCAUUGGAGCAAUCACUCGAACAGGUUUCGGAAAUAAAAAUACGAUCCGCCAAUUUUGAGAAAAACUUGUUGAGAUUCUCCGGAGACGAGGACUAUGUAGAGGUGUUAAACAGCAACGAUGUUCUAGAACUCGAGAAAAUGAAAAUGAAAACCGUGGAACAUCAACGACAUGUUUUACGGAUGCUCGAGAAAUCGUUGGAGCGAGAAAUAGAUUUGGAGAAACGGGCGAGUGACUUGACGCAAGUCGAAGAAACGUUGACGAUGAGGCUAAGGUUGUUAGAACAAGAAGUCGUUGACGCUGAAGAGGAAGCUGAAACGACGUUAGAAAAGUUCUACAAAACAGACCACGCGUCGGAACUGCUAAUGCAAACGACGAAAGAGUUAAUACGUAAAAUCAAGAUGUUACAGUUCAAUCUCAAAGGUUCAAUUCAGCGAGAAACCGGAUUGAAAAACGAUUUAACGAAACUUCAACAACGCGUUAUAGACGAGAAAGAAUCUUCCAAACGGAUUGCGGAAAUGGAAAACGUGAUUAUUGAAGCGGAGAACAGGGCUGUGAAUUAUGAAGACACGCGUCGGGAACUCAACGAUACGUGUGAAAAAGUGGUUUUGCUCGAAAAGGAGCUCGGCGACGUUAGAGUUAAGCUACAACAUGCGGAAGCGUGUUGUGAAGCUAGCGAGGAGGAAAAAAGCAUGUUUCUUUCUACGAUUAAAGAUAUGGGUAAUGUGAUUGACGACCUGAAGAAAAAAGUUACGGAAUCGGAAAUUCUGACCGAUAGUGUUGAGGACCGUUGUAUUAUCUUGUCGGAGGCAAAUGCUGACCUCAAGAAAGAACUUAAGUUUGUUAAGGGAAAAGUUAAAAGCUUGGAAACGUCUUUGCGUCAAAUGGAGGAAACGAAGAAAGCGUCUGCGAAGGAUAUAAAUCUUUGUAGCAAGUUUAUAACGGAUCUGGUUAUGCAGAUGCAACUUGAAAGAGAACGCCUCCAGAAGCAGAUAUCGUCCUUGAAACAAGAAAACAAAAUCUUGGUAAACUGCUUAAACAAGGAUGAUAAAGAUCCCUCUGUAAAAGUUAGCUACGGUGAUAAAGUUAACAGUAAUGACAUCACUGCAGAAAACAAAGAAGCCGUAUCGACCAAUUUCGAGGUAGAGGAGUGCACGGAGACUGUAACCGACUAUACCGAGGCUGCAAGAGACAUUGAUGCGCGACAGCUUAAGACAAAAGACAUUCUGUUAGUACUCCUCAUUCUCAUUGUUCCGUUAAUCGGGGUACUUGUUUAUCAAACUCAGGUUUGAUAAGUGUAAAAUCACGGGUCAAUAGGGUUAGUAACUUGGGUUAAAGACGAUUGUUAAUGUUCCGGAUUACCUUGUCUGGUUGUUGGAAAUUUUGUUGUUUUUUUGCGAACCAGCCAAGAUGAGGUUCUAUCUUGUCAAAAGGGGUCAGGUACCAUCUUAAAGCACAGCUGAAAUCGACAAGUCUAAUGCGAUUUGCAAAUUUGAUUGCUUGAGGUGCAAGUUAUUAUAGCAUUUUGCUAGAAAUUUUGUUGCAUAGGCUGUUGUUGUAUAGGUAGGAAGAAGGGAGAUGAAGAGGUUUUUAAUAGAAUGUUGUUUUUCAGAAUUUGUGUAAUGCCAGGUUAUCCUAGGUAUAAGAAGUUUGUUUUUAAUAGUA